CUCCCCGAUUUCCUUCCCCACUCUGUCAGUCUAGUGCCCCGCGCGCGCUCUCUCGCCGCCUCGCCGCCGGCGACGAGCUUGAGCUCGAGCUCGAGCUGGUUUCUCGUAUCGAAGACGCGGCCGCGGUAUGGAUCCCAUGAACGUAGACAACGGCGGCUGCGGCGGCCUUGACGCGCAGAUCGAGCAGCUGAUGCAGUGCCGCCCGCUCGCCGAGCAGGAGGUUAAGGCCCUGUGCGAGAAGGCCAAGGAGAUAUUGAUGGAGGAAAGCAACGUUCAGCCUGUCAAGAGUCCAGUUACAAUAUGUGGUGAUAUACAUGGACAAUUCCAUGAUCUUGUAGAGCUUUUCCGAAUUGGUGGGAAGUGUCCAGACACCAAUUACUUAUUUAUGGGGGAUUAUGUAGAUCGUGGCUACUAUUCUGUUGAGACUGUCACUCUGCUAGUAGCACUAAAAGUGAGGUACCCACAUCGAAUUACAAUCCUUCGUGGAAACCAUGAGAGUCGGCAGAUCACACAGGUGUAUGGAUUCUAUGACGAAUGUCUACGCAAGUAUGGCAAUGCAAAUGUAUGGAAGACAUUUACGGAUCUUUUUGAUUAUUUUCCUCUGACAGCUCUGGUGGAAUCUGAGAUUUUCUGCCUUCAUGGUGGCUUAUCCCCAUCAAUUGAAAAUCUUGAUAGUGUGCGCAGCUUAGAUCGAGUCCAAGAGGUUCCUCAUGAGGGACCUAUGUGCGAUCUUUUAUGGUCAGAUCCGGACGAUCGAUGUGGUUGGGGCAUAUCCCCACGUGGUGCUGGCUACACUUUUGGCCAGGACAUAUCGGAGCAGUUUAAUCACACAAACAAUCUCAAACUUGUAGCUCGGGCUCAUCAAUUAGUUAUGGAGGGAUAUAACUGGGCUCAUGAACAGAAGGUUGUCACCAUAUUCAGUGCUCCAAACUAUUGCUACCGAUGCGGCAAUAUGGCAUCCAUUUUGGAAGUUGACGACUGCAAUAGUCACACAUUCAUACAGUUUGACCCAGCCCCUAGGAGAGGCGAGCCAGAUGUGACACGAAGAACACCGGACUAUUUCCUUUGAGUUGUGGUGUUACCAAUUCCCAGCUUGUGCUGUGAUAAUCGAUGUCAACGUCUGCUGGAUCAAGGGCCAGACAGAAAUAACAGGGGAAUACCAAAGCACUAUGCGAAACUUGAGGUCCUCAUUGCCAUUGGUCAGUGCAAGAGAUGUCUGCAAUCCUGAGAGAAAGCAAUUGUGCCAAGCCAUGCCCGAGUUUCAGCCUUUUCAGGUGAUAUAGAGGAGCGGCCAUCCAUUUGUUACAGCUCUCGCCGCCCUCCCUUUUAUGCACUUUUUACAGAGGCUUGGAAUUGGCAAAAAAGACCGAACUUUCAAUUGUACUUCUGUAGCGUAAGCUUGUACCAAUAGGCGUGUACUAAUUUGUAUCAUCAUUCAUCCAUGGCAAGACAUUGUUAAACUCCUUUUCAUCAGUAAAUUAAUUUUUUGUUA